AUGGCGGACGCCUUUGGAGAUGAGCUGUUCAGUGUAUUUGAGGAGGAACAACCAUCCUCCAAGAAACGAAAAAGCACUGGUACUGGAGCUCAUGCAGGGAAAGACGGUCAGCAUGGGAAAGACAAGGCUGAACAGAGUUCUGCAGCUCCGGGCAAGCAAGACCUGGACGAUGGGCCGGACGAGGUUUUUGGGAAGAAGCCCAAGCUCGAGACUGUAUCUGCAGAGGAAAUAAAUCUUGCAGACCUGAUGCCCCAAGUCAAAGUGGAGCAGGUUGAGACUGUGGAAGGCUGCACCCAUGAGGUGGCCCUGCCAGCCAAUGAGGAUUACACACAGUUGAAGCCUCGAGUUGGAAAAGCAGCUAAGGAGUACCCUUUCAUUCUGGAUCCGUUCCAAAGGGAGGCGAUCCUCUGCAUCGACAACAACCAGUCUGUCCUGGUUUCAGCCCACACCUCUGCUGGAAAGACCGUCUGUGCUGAAUACGCCAUCGCCCUGGCUUUGAGAGAGAAGCAGCGGGUCAUAUUCACCAGUCCCAUCAAAGCCCUCAGCAACCAGAAGUACCGGGAGAUGUACGAGGAGUUCCAGGACGUGGGCCUCAUGACCGGCGAUGUCACCAUCAACCCCACUGCUUCCUGUCUGGUCAUGACCACUGAGAUUUUAAGAAGCAUGUUGUACAGAGGGUCAGAGGUCAUGAGAGAGGUGGCUUGGGUUGUCUUUGAUGAGAUCCAUUACAUGAGGGAUUCAGAGCGUGGUGUUGUGUGGGAGGAGACCAUCAUCCUCCUUCCAGACAACGUGCACUACGUCUUCCUAUCCGCCACCAUCCCCAAUGCCAGGCAGUUUGCCGAAUGGAUCUGCCAUCUUCACAAGCAGCCAUGUCACGUGGUCUACACAGACUAUCGCCCCACUCCGCUGCAACACUACAUCUUUCCAGCAGGUGGCGACGGACUUCACCUUGUAGUGGACGAGAAUGGCGAAUUUCGCGAGGACAACUUCAACACGGCUAUGCAGGUGCUGAGAGACACCGGGGACUCUGGGGGCAGCAGUGGUAACAAGUGGGACCCCAAAGGCCGGAAAGGGGGCACAAGAGGGCCCUCCAACGUCUUCAAGAUCGUCAAGAUGAUCAUGGAGCGGAACUUCCAGCCCGUCAUCAUCUUCAGCUUCAGCAAGAAGGAGUGCGAGGCCUACGCUCUGCAGGUGGCCAAGCUGGACUUCAACACGGAUGAAGAGAAGAAGCUUGUGGAGGAGGUAUUCAGCAAUGCCAUCGACUGUUUGUCCGAUGAAGACAAGAAGCUCCCGCAGGUGGAGCACGUCCUGCCCCUGCUGAAGAGUGGGAUCGGGAUCCACCACGGAGGACUGCUCCCCAUCCUGAAGGAGACCAUAGAGAUCCUGUUCUCAGAGGGGCUGAUCAAGGCCCUGUUUGCCACGGAGACCUUUGCCAUGGGGAUCAACAUGCCGGCCAGAACGGUGCUGUUCACAAGCGCUCGCAAGUUCGAUGGGAAAGAUUUCCGUUGGAUCACUUCUGGGGAGUACAUCCAGAUGUCGGGCCGGGCUGGCAGACGUGGCAUGGACGAGAGGGGCAUCGUCAUCUUCAUGGUGGACGAGAAGAUGAGCCCGACGGUCGGAAAGCAGCUCUUGAAGGGAUCAGCUGACCCCUUGAACAGCGCCUUCCACCUGACGUACAACAUGGUGAUGAACCUGCUGCGGGUGGAGGAGAUCAACCCCGAGUACAUGCUGGAGAAGUCCUUCUACCAGUUCCAGCACUACCGGGCCGUGCCCGGAGUCGUAGAGAAAAUGAGGAAACUGGAAGCGCUGUAUAAUGCGAUAGAAAUCCCCAACGAGGAGAGCGUGGUGACGUACUACAAGAUCCGCCAGCAGCUGGUGAAGCUGGGGAAGGAGAUAGAGGAGUACAUCCACAAGCCCAAAUACUGCCUGCCGUUUCUACAGCCCGGAAGGCUGGUCAAGGUCAAAAAUGAAGGUGAUGACUUUGGAUGGGGAGCUGUUGUCAAUUUCUCCAAAAAAUCAAAUGUGAAGGGGAACACUGGGGAGCUGGACCCCCUGUACGUGGUGGAGGUGCUGGUGCACUGCAGCAAGGACAGCGUGAAGAACGCGGCCACGGAGUCCGCCAAACCCGCCAGGCCCGGGGAGAAGGGCGAGAUGCAGGUCGUUCCCGUCAUGCUUCAUCUCCUCACGACCAUCAGCUCGGUGCGCCUGUACAUCCCCAAAGACCUCCGGCCCCCGGAUAACAGGCAGAGCGUGCUCAAGUCCAUACAGGAAGUGCAGAAACGCUUCCCCGACGGCGUGCCCCUCCUGGACCCCAUCGACGACAUGGGCAUCAAGGACCAGGGCCUGAAGAAGGUCAUCCAGAAAGUGGAGGCCUUCGAGCACAGGAUGUACUCUCACCCCCUACACAACGACCCCAACCUGGAGGCUGUCUACACCCUCUGCGAGAAGAAGGCACAGGUCGCGGGGGACAUCAAGGCGGCGAAGCGGGAGCUGAAGAAGGCGCGCACCGUGCUGCAGAUGGACGAGCUCAAGUGCAGGAAGCGCGUGCUGCGGCGCCUGGGCUUCGCCACUUCCUCUGACGUCAUCGAGAUGAAGGGCCGCGUGGCCUGCGAAAUCAGCAGCGCGGACGAGCUGCUGCUGACGGAGAUGAUCUUCAACGGCCUGUUCAACGACCUGACUGCCGAACAAGCCACGGCCCUCCUCAGCUGCUUCGUGUUCCAGGAGAACGCGAACGAGAUGCCAAAGCUGACCGAGCAGCUGGCAGGACCCCUCCGACAGAUGCAGGAAUGCGCCAAGCGCAUCGCCAAGGUGUCGGCCGAGGCCAAGCUGGAGGUGGACGAGGAGACGUACCUCAACGCCUUCCGCCCCCACCUGAUGGACGUGGUGUACACCUGGGCCAACGGCUCCUCCUUCGCACAGAUCUGCAAGAUGACCGACGUUUUUGAAGGAAGUAUCAUUCGCUGCAUGAGGCGCCUGGAGGAGCUGCUGAGGCAGAUGUGCCAGGCAGCCAAGGCCAUCGGCAACACCGAGCUGGAGAACAAGUUCGCCGAAGGUAUAACGAAAAUCAAGAGGGAUAUCGUGUUUGCUGCCAGUCUUUAUUUGUAAAAUUUUUUUUUGGUUCUGUCGUGCACAUGGCGAGACGUUGUCAAGGUGCUCAAGACUAGAUGUCCAACACUUUUUUUAUUUUUUAUUUUUGUUCAUAUUAAGCAUGCUUUCUUCGGAAAGCACAGAAAGCUAGCUUUGUACAUAAUUUUAAGGAUUUUAAUAAACAAAAUUCAACAUAAAUAAUUUUUGGUUUACUUUUUAUAAAAACAAACA